UUCUUAUCAGCUGUUUUGUUGUGCGCUGCCAUUUUUGUGUCAAAUUUUAAAAAGCUAUUGAUACCACGUGCCGCAGCUGGAAGCGAUUAAGCGGAAUUUAAUCAAUUUUUCAAGGAUAUUUUGUACAACAUUGCGUGAAAAUGGGUAAAAAAGUUUAUAAUGCGAGGGCGCGUCAAAAUCCUAAAACCGUAGUGGACAAUUCGGCGACGAAAAAUAUAAAAAUCGAAUGGGCUGAAGGCGCUGCAGAAGCAGGCACCGGCUAUGAUGACGCCAAUGCGCUGGUUUUACCCUCACAGAAGCGUGCCACCAAGGUGCAGGUGGAGAAACAACAACAUGUAAAAAUCCUCUCGAAGAAGCAACGUAAGCAUCUGCAGCAAAUUGUGGAUAAGAAGAAGAAGAAGGAAGGUCGCGCUGAGCUUUUGCAAGCCUUGGCUGGCGUACAAAUACCCGAGCAUGAGCUGAAGCAGUACACUUCCAUCAGCCAAGUGCAGACAGUGGGAGUUAAAAAGUUGCAAACGCUAGAAGAGGUACUGGCGAAGAAGCAACAGCGACAAACAGAGCAAGCAAGCAGCAAUGUAGUGGGGAAAAUUAGCGCAAUUAAAGGCGCGGCAAAGCGCAAGUUGUUAAUUGAGGAUGAAGAAGCGUUGGCGGCAAAGAGGCGCGACUCUAAUGUGAUUAGCCUGGAGGCAGACGACGACAGUGACAGUGGGAGUGAGAGUGAUGACGAAAGUGAAGUGGAUGAUGAAGAAAACAAUAUAAAUGACAAAGAUGCAGAAGAAAUGCAUGAAAAAAUUGAUGUUGAUGUUGCGAAAGAGGCAAUUCCCACGAAACUCGAAGAAGCGCCCUCAACGUCCACGAAGGUGACAGAAAAAGAAGAUUGUACGAAAACUGGCGCCACAAAAAAAGCCGAGAAGCCCAUUGUGCCGCCACGCCCCACCAUUUUUGUGCCCGUUCAUCGCGAUGCAGAAGUGCAGGCUGCUCGUCUUAAACUACCCAUCUUAGGCGAGGAACAGGAAAUAAUGGAAACAAUCAACGAGAAUCAAAUCAUAAUUGUCGCGGGCGAAACGGGUUCUGGUAAAACGACGCAAAUCCCACAGUUUCUUUACGAGGCGGGAUACGCGCUGAACAAUAAAAUGAUUGGCAUUACUGAACCGCGUCGUGUGGCUGCAAUCGCUAUGUCCAAGCGUGUGGCGCAUGAAAUGAAUCUAUCUCAGCAAGAGGUUUCAUAUCUAAUACGUUUCGAAGGCAAUGUCACGCCACAGACACGGAUCAAAUUCAUGACGGACGGAGUGUUGCUGAAGGAGGUCGAGAGUGAUUUUCUGCUGCACCGUUACUCGGUAAUCAUUUUGGACGAGGCACAUGAGCGAAGCUCCUACACCGAUAUACUGGUAGGGCUGCUGUCACGUAUUGUACCUUUGCGCCUGAAGCGUGGCGAUCCGCUCAAGCUGAUUAUCAUGUCCGCAACGCUUCGAGUGGAGGACUUCAUUGGCAAUACGAAGCUAUUUAAAUAUCCACCGCCACUAUUGAAAGUGGAAGCAAGACAAUAUCCGGUGACUGUGCAUUUUCAGCGGCACACCCCCAAUGAUUAUAUGCAGGAAGCAUACCGAAAAACAGUUAAGAUACAUUCAAAGCUGCCAGAGGGAGGAAUUUUGGUUUUUCUUACGGGUCAGCAAGAGGUAAACACACUGGUUCGAAAGCUGCGACGUACGUUUCCGUGCAUAAAGAAAGAUGACGCCAAGAAGGCUGGAGAAAAAGCCAAAAAAGUAGUUGAUAAGGCGCAUGUCUCUGAGAAUGAAGGUAUAGAAACUGUAGAGAUGUCAAAACAGUUUGCGGAAAAGUCAGAUCAGAUAGAAGAUGACGCGGAAGAGCUACAGGCCGAGCCUGCCGAUGACGACUUGGGCAUCGAAUUCGACAUGAAACGCGCUAUCCGUAGCGUGAAGAAGUCUAAGAAGAAGUUCAUGUCCCAAAUCGCGCUGCCAAAAAUCAAUCUCGACGACUACAAACUACCCGGUGAUGAUACAGAGGCCGAUUUGCACGAAGCGCACAAUAGCGAUUCGGAGGCCGAAAAUGGUUCGGAAAUGUCCGAAGAUGAAGACGAUUCAGAUGGGGAUGAGAAUACAGCCGCCCAUAUUGCCGCCACUAAGCAACCGCUCUGGGUGCUGCCUCUUUAUUCGCUGCUCUCGCCUGAGAAGCAGAAUCGCAUAUUCCAACCGCCGCCGGAGGGCUGUCGCCUUUGCAUAGUGAGCACUAACGUGGCUGAGACGUCGCUCACCAUACCGAACAUCAAAUAUGUGGUGGACAGCGGUCGCCAGAAGACGCGCCUCUAUGACAAAAUCACAGGUGUCAGCGCCUUUAUCGUCACCUACACCUCUAAAGCUUCCGCCGAUCAGCGUGCUGGACGUGCGGGUCGUGUCAGCGCCGGCCACUGCUACCGCCUCUACUCGAGUGCUGUCUAUAACUACGACUUCUUGGAUUUCAGUGAACCGGACAUUCAAAAGAGGCCAGUCGACGACCUCAUGCUGCAGAUGCGCUGCAUGGGCAUUGAUCGUGUUGUGAAUUUCCCCUUCCCCUCACCGCCGGAUACGGUGCAGCUGCAGGCGGCCGAACAACGCUUGGUAGUAUUGGGUGCGCUGGAACGUGUUGGCGAGGCGAAGGAUUGCAAAGCCCUGCCGCCGAUGGUCACCAAACUAGGGGAAGUUAUUUCGCGGUUCCCCGUUGCGCCGCGCUUUGGCAAAAUGUUAGCGCUUUCUCAUCAGCAAAACCUGCUGCCGUAUACUGUCUGCUUGGUGGCGGCACUAUCAGUGCAAGAACUUCUCAUGGAAGUGGGCUUGAGUGAGCAGACUGAAGAUGGCGACAACGCCAACGCAUUUGUGCGCAACAAGUGGCAGAAGAAGCGCAUCAGCUGGGCCGCUACGGGCAAUUAUCAGUUGCUGGGCGAUCCAAUGGUGUUGCUACGCGCGGUGGGUGCUGCAGAGUACGCCGGCUCACAAAGCAAACUUGCACAGUUCUGUGCUGAGAACGGGCUGCGGCCAAAAGCGUUGACCGAGGUGCGCAAAUUGCGCGUACAGCUCACAAACGAAAUUAAUUUGAACGUGACCGGCGUGGACUUGUGUGUAGAUCCGGCAAUGCCACCCCCCACAGAUGCGCAGGCACGCUUCCUGCGACAAAUACUGCUCGCUGGCAUGGGAGAUCGUGUAGCACGUAAAGUGCCGCUAGCGGACAUAGCCGACAAAGAGGAGAAGCGUCGCCUGAAGUACGCCUACAACUGCGCGGAUAUGACAGAACCGGUUUUCAUGCACUCCUCUUCGGUGCUGCGUGGCCAACUUCCCGAAUGGGUGGUCUACCAGGAGGCUUACGAAACGCAGCAUGGCGACGGUACAAAAAUGUUUAUCCGCGGCAUCACCGCCAUCGAUCCGGAAUGGCUGCUGCUAUACGCGCCGCUGCUCUGCAACGUACGUACAAUCAAAGAGGAGCCAAUGCCGCGCUACAAGCAGGCGGACGGCAAGGUAUAUUGCUUUGUGGACGCGACCUUCGGCAAGGCUGGAUGGGAGCUGCCUCUAACUGAGAUCGAAAUGCCGGCGGGCGAGAAGGCGUGCAGCUACUUUGGCGUUUUUCUGCUUGACGGUCAAGUCUGUCCGGCCUUGGCUGCCUACAAGGCGAAGUUGAAGGCUACGCCGCCCUCGCUCGUCAAGAGCUGGUCCAAUCUGAAUGAGAGCGUUGUGCGUUUCAAGCGUGCUCUCAUCAACAAGCAGAUAAAUACGUGCGAUAAAUUGCAUGCAGAGUGGAAUCGAAAUCCGAACUUUUUACUUGAUGAAUACCAAAAUAUGCUAUACAACGUCACGCUGGCUGAAUUGUCGCCUAAAUGGCCACCAUUGGAGAGCUGAAUGAAAAAAAUAUAUAUUAAUUAGUUAGUUAUGUAGAUGAAAAAAUUCUAUUAGUUAUUAACUUGAAAAAUAAAUGUUUGCAAACAAAUUUGUUUGUAUUGUAUAAUUUAUAAAA